AUGGCGAUAUCUGGAGUCGUGUUUUCAACAAUUUCCAGUUGUAAACUAUUCUCAAGAAUUCCUCGACAAUCAUUUAUUCCCACACGAAAUGCUGUAAAAUCAGCAGCACGACGGAGGCUACCCACGAAGCCUGUCAUAAAUCCAUUUGUCAACAAGCGAACUAAUUUUAUCAAGGAACUUUGUAUUGCUUUAGUGAAAUAUGAUAGAAUCCAGACAACAUUCCAUAAGGCAUUGCAACUAAAAUCGUACGGUGAAUUAUUAAUUAUAAUGACUCGUCGUAAAUGUCCUCCGCCAGACCUGCAUUAUCUUGAGGAUGGUUUCAUUUUGACAGAUCAAGAAGCCAGAGAAAGAUUAACAACAAAAUUGGUGGUCAACAGAAGAAACAAAAAGAUCAUCAGCCAACCUCAGGAAUUUAAUGAGCAAGAAUAUGUUGAACAGCUACAGCUGCAGAUAAGAAGUAUUUUACUAGAGGAUGAAGAAGCUCUACAAAAACUGUAUAAUAAAUUAGUGCCCAGAUAUGAAGAUAGAUAUGGUGGGUUUGUUAAAGUAACACCAAUCCCUUACCCAGUUAAACGUCACUACCCACGAAUGGCUUAUGUGGAAUUCAUAGAUAAUGAUCUUCCACCAAUUCCCAAACUUCCAGAGCUUACUAAAGGAAAACUUGUAACUUUUCCAAGAUUGAGUUCAUGAUGGUGAACUAAGGUAUAAAGAUGUCAAAUUAAGGACACUCUACUUAUAGCAGUCACACUACAUUAAAUCCCAGGGAACCGGACAAAUACCCAACUUUUGUCAAAUGCUCAUGAAUAUUUAGUUAUCAGGCUCUUUAUUAACUACUGCUCU